AAGACCAACACUUUUAAAGUACAAUAAGUCUCUGAAUUCUUUUUAAUAACGUUGUUAUGCUGUUGCUAACCAAUGAUGAAUAAAGUACUUCUUAGCAUUAAUGCGACUUCUGGUGCUGCAUGGUUUUGCUGAUGGCUUUGUAGUCUGGUUGAUACGUGGUGAGGUUAAGCUUCACGCAGGCGUUGAGACUUCCAUCCGUUAAACGUGAUCGUAGGUUGGUCUUAAUGUUCUUUAGAUGUGAGAAAGACUGCUCACAUGCAUACGUAGAGCCAAACAUUGUCAGUACAGCAAUACUCACACGCUGCAGUGCGUGGUAUGUGACGGGAAGCGCAUUCCAAGUUUUGACAAUCAGCUGGUCCGUGGGUUGAAGUUUUUUCAUUUCUCCCCACUUGUUUGCUCGCCAACUCUGCUUGCUGUCGUGCAAGUCUUUCCAAAUCUUCAUUCAGUGACUUGAACUUAUUCACCCACAUGUCUGAGGCCUUCAGGUCAGCAGCUUGUAGCUCAGAAUCUCUGACGGAGACACCGGGGAUGUAACUCAGGUCGGCGCUGUCCACUGCACACUCGUGUGGAUGGGCGAUGAACUUAAAAAGACGAGUGCGCUCACGAAAUUCUCCAAAGCGCGCUUUGAAUGACUGCAGGAGAUUAGAUGUGAAGCCCGCUAGCUGCUGAAGAUCAAGAUGUUGCGCAGGGUCACUUGCUGUGCAUGCAUCUUUAAACUCUCCCAGUUUUUCAAAGUGUAGUAAACGACCUGUUUCAAUGUCGGCGAUGAAGAGUUCUAGCUUGUUUUCAAAUGCAAACACUGCUAGUUGAAGGGAUAAGACUGUAUUUCCAACACCUUGCAUUUUCACCGUUUCAUCGAUGCAAUUUUAUCACUGCAUAUUAGACACACUGCAGAACCUGCUCUCUCCACAAAGGCGAAUACCUCUGUCCAUUCCUGCUGAAAAGUACGAUACUCCUCAUCUUUUUUUUUUCUUUUAGCCAUCUUCUUCGAUAAAAGGGUUUCUGCAGCUAGCUGACUACUUGAUUAAAAGGAGGGAAGUUUACUUCCUGACCUCACAACGACCCGUGUACGUUACGCAUUAUCCAAUAAAAAUUUGGAGUUGUCCCGGAGGACAGCUGUGAUUGGCUCCAGCCACCCGCAACCAUGAACAUGAGCGGUAGGAAAUGAAUGGUUUGAAAUACAUGAGAAUGUUUUAUAUUUUUAACGUUAUUAGUAUUUUUAAUUAAAGAUUUGUCUGCGAGCCAGAUGCAGCCAUCAAAAGAGCCACAUCUGGCUCGCGAGCUAUAGGUUCCCGACCCCUGCUCUAAACAGUAAAACAAAAUCCUUAAGUUGGGUUAUGGCGGAGUGUAGUUUUUUUGACUGCACUAAUAGUUCGUAAACACCACACAGGAAGUAGGAAAAGAACUACAUUUCCUAUCUGCCCUGGCUGUCACAGGCUAAUAGCACCAGCUGCUUUCCAUCGCCCUAAUGAGUGAUUCUACUGCUGCAACGAGACCAAAUACAAUGAAAGAAUAAACGGUGAGGAAGUGAAAGUGAAAGUCAGUCUCCAUUUUGUGUCGAGGGGAAAAUACAGCAUUUCAGGAGUAAAAACACAGGUUUGAUUUAACACACCGAUGUUGGAGUGAAGUAAACGUGUGUCCUGCUGUAAUCUGGAGAAGGAGACAUGACCUCCAACAUGAGUGUGUCUGGAGAACAGGACUUAAAGAGAGACGAGAGAAUGAUGGAGGGAAAGAGAUCAGACUCACCAGAACCCAGCUGUGUGUCCAUGAAGAGUGACGCGUCAAUGCAUCAUCCACUUCACUUCAGAGACGGAGCCAGUUCUCCUGAUGUGAGACCACAACAGAAGAAAUCAAACCUCAGCAGAAAUCAGCUGGACUCCAUAUUCAAGGAGCUGGAACACAAAGUCAUCUCUCUGAUAAAGAAUGAGCUGAAGAGGUUUAGGAAGCUCCUGAGUCCAGAUUACCCAGCAUGCACUGAGAGGGAGGUGCAGGAUGAGGAGGAUCUGCACAGUGUCAGAGAUGGAGCGCUGAAGAUCACACUGCACGUCCUGAAGAACAUGAACCACACAGAUCUCGCUAACACACUGCACAACAAGUCUGUGGCCUCUGUGUAUCAGCCAAAGCUGAAAUCCAGCCUGAGAGAGAAGUUUAAAAGAAUUAAUGAAGGAAUCUCACAGCAUGGAAGCUCAGCACUUCUGAAUGAGAUCUACACAGAGCUCUACAUCACAGAGGGUUGGAGUGGAGACGUCAAUAAUGAACAUGAGGUGAGACAGAUUGAGACAGCGUCCAGGAGACCAGCAGCACAGGAGACACCCAUCAAAUGUAAUGAUCUCUUUAAAGACAAGUCCAUCAGAAGAGUGCUGACUAAAGGAGUUGCUGGAAUUGGAAAAACAGUCUCUGUGCAGAAGUUCAUUCUGGACUGGGCUGAAGGAAAAGCAAAUCAGGACGUCACCUUCAUGUUUCCACUUCCCUUUAAAGAGCUGAAUCUGAUGAAGCAGAAACAUCUCAGUCUGAUGGAUCUUCUUCAUCACUUUUUCCCUGAGAUGAGAAAACUACAAUUAAUAGACUCCUACAAAGUGGUGUUGAUCUUUGAUGGUCUGGAUGAGUGUCGACUUCCUCUAAAUUUCCAGAAGAAUGAGAGAUUGUGUGAUGGGACAGAGUCAGCCUCAGUGGACGUGCUGCUGACGAACCUCAUCAAGGGGAAUCUGAUUCCCUCUGCUCUCCUCUGGAUAACCUCUCGACCAGGAGCAGCCAAUCAGAUCCCUCCUGAGUGUGUAGACCAGGUAACAGAGGUACGAGGGUUCAGUGAUCCUCAGAAAGAGGAGUACUUCAGGAAGAGGAUCAGUGAUCGGAGCCUGGCCAAUAAAAUCAUCUCACACAUGAAGUCUUCAAGAAGCCUCUACAUCAUGUGCCACAUCCCAGUCUUCUGCUGGAUCUCAGCCACUGUUCUAGAGAGAAUGUUGGGUGAAACAGAGAGUGGAGAGAUCCCCAAGACUCUGACCCAAAUGUUCACACACUUCCUGAUCUUUCAGAUCAAACACAAGGACCAAAAGUACCAUCAGAAAUGUGACCCUGAUCCUCAGCAGACCAGAGAGAGUAUCCUGGCACUGGGAAAACUGGCUUUCCAACAGCUGGAGAAAGGAAACCUGAUCUUCUAUGAGGAAGACCUGAGAGAGUGUGGCAUUGAUGUGAGAGAAGUGUCAGUGUACUCAGGAGUGUGUACCCAAAUCUUCAGAGAGGAGUUUGGGCUUCACCUGGGGAAGGUGUUCAGCUUUGUACAUCUGAGUGUUCAGGAGUUUCUGGCUGCUUUAUACACAUUUCUCUCCUUCAUCAGCAGAAAUGUAACAGAACAACCAACCACUGAUCUGUCUGAUCUUCUCAACAAGUCAGACAUGUCUGAUCUCCUCAGGACUGCAGUGGACAAGGCCUUACAGAGUGAGAAUGGACACCUGGACCUGUUCCUCCGCUUCCUUCUGGGUCUCUCACUGGAGUCCAAUCAGACUCUCUUACAAGGCUUAAUGCCCCAGACAGGAAGCAGCUCUCACAGCAAACAGGAAACAGUCGAGUACAUCAAGGAGAAGAUCAGGGAGAACCCAUCUCCAGAGAAAUCCAUCAAUAUGUUCCACUGUCUGAAUGAACUGAAUGAUCAUUCUCUAGUGCAGGAAGUACAGACUUACCUGAACAGAGGAGAUUACAGUCGUCUCAGUGGAACCAGACUCUCUCCUGCUCAGUGGUCAGCUCUGGUGUUUGUGUUACUGAACUCAGAUCAGGAGCUGGAUGUGUUUAAUUUGAGUAAAUAUGACCGAUCAGAGGAAUGUCUUCUGAAGCUGCUGCCAGUGGUCAAAGCCUCCAGAAGAGCUGAGCUGUGGAGGUGUAAUCUGACAGAGGAAAGCUGUAGAGUUCUGUCCUCAGUUCUCAGAUCAGACUCCUCCAGACUGAGAGAACUGAACCUGAGUGACAAUAACCUGCAGGAUUCAGGAGUGAAGCUGCUCUCUGCUGGACUGGAGAAUCCACACUGUACACUGGAGAUACUGAGUCUGUGUGGGUGUGAUCUGACAGAGGAAAGCUGUAGAGUUCUGUCCUCAGUUCUCAGAUCAAACUCCUCCAGACUGAGAGAACUGAACCUGAGUUACAAUAACCUGCAGGAUUCAGGAGUGAAGCUGCUCUCUGCUGGACUGGAGAAUCCACACUGUACACUGGAGAUGCUGAGGAUGAGUAACUGCAGUAUUACAGAUGAAGGUUGUGCUGCUCUGGCUUCUGCUCUGAGGUCAAACUCCUCAUCACACCUGAGAGAACUGGAUCUGAACGGUAAUAAUCCAGGAGAAUCAGGAGAGAAGCUGCUCUCUGAUCUACUGAAGGAUCCACACUGUAACCUGGAGACACUACACAUUAAGGGUAAUAAACUCACCAGGACUGGCGUAUGACAGGAGUCUCACCUCAAACCUCUUCUCCAGGAUAAAGCAGUCUUGGUGAAGAGUUAGAACCCGUCCCACAUUUCCAGCAGUUUGGGAGCUGAAUCAUUAAACUUAAAGGGGCAGAGCAGAAACAAAGUCAAGAACAGGCAGAAGGUCGUACACAGGAGAAAUCAACACACGUAACCAAAUAUCUGCUGUACAAAGCAACGGCACCGAUCUGCCCCGGGGAUGGAGACUGACGAGGCUUAAGUACACGUCCGGAAAUGUACAGCCAACUCAUCCCAAAGCACGAGGCGGGAGCAGGCGUGUACGAGAUGUGAUCGUCCAAUGGCAAGCAGGAACAUGACGCAUUGCACUGGACUGGGCUUAAAAGAGGAGGAGACAAGACACCCAUCCCUCCCCCGACAUAGACACACGAAUGGAACACAGUACAAACAGAAAUACAACUGAGGACGUAACAAUGGCCAAGUAUCAAAUAAAAUGUAAACUUGCAUUGAUGAAGGUAAUGUUGUUAGUAAUUGUUUAUAAAUUACCAUGGUAACACAGAGCUCCAAGGUAUAAAAAUAUGGAGUUUGUCAUCAAUCGAACAAUAACCAGUUUUAAUACCUAAAAAAGUUUACGUAGCAAAAUUUAGCAAAGCGCUUUACAGUAAAUUAAAAUGUAAAAUUAAACUAAUGAAUUGUUGUGCAGCACAUGCUUAUGUUAAUGUUUGUUUCAUUAUAUGAUCAUAUAAAUAAAUAAAUACUCCCAAAGUCACCAGAAUUGAAAGCUUUUUGCUGUUAAACAUUUAGAGAUUGAGGUUGUGGUGACUCAGUAGUUCACUCAGUAUAUCUGGGUAAGACACAGUGAACGACUCACUGCUGGCAUUCAUGAAGAAGUCAUAAACUCCACUGGAAUAAUAAAUAGGAUCUAAUAAAACCAUGAGUGGAAAUUAUUGGUGUAAGUUUGUUAGGAUAGACUUCCUCCAACCUGGAACUAUAUCCUCCAGUCCACGCGGUGGCGGUAACGCGCCUAACAGCUGCGUCUCCGACCAGUAGAAAUCACAGAAGAAGAAAAAGCUGCAGCGGGUAUCUCCUGAGCAGUUGAGUUAUUACACCGAACUAAUCAUCUCCAGAUUAAAUUAUUUCUGACAGUUUUACAGUUAGGUUUGAUCCAGUUUAAAAGUAAAAGCUGGUUAUUUUGUCUGUGUUUGAGGAAUUAAAACUCCGUUCUGUUUUUAAACCCGAGAUAAGUUAAACGGAAGCUGUGUGGCCGAAUCCCAAAUUGAUGUCAUUUCCGGUUUAAGUGCACUACAUUAGGGAUGAAAUAAUGACAGUCUACACCCUAUGUAGUGCACUAUGUAACUCAUGAGGAGAGAUUUGUUAUUCUGUUUUAGCGGCACUAUUUAAGCAUAACCUUACUUUAUCCUAAAAUCCAUUGUUUGCUCCCUGCUUAUAGCAACUAAAAUAAACAACAGUGAGUGUAAAAGUGGCUAAGUCAUUUAUCAGCUAAAAUAACUUUAAAUUUCUGUAAUGUUUUUAAUGUAUAAACUGCUAAACUGAGGUGAAGUUGGGUUUAUAUUGGACAUUCACUGCAAAUUCGAGCUUCUAUUUCUCAAGAAAUAAACACAAAAAGGACAAAGUGUGUGUGUGUGUGUAGCUGGCGAGGUGACUUUGUAAAGAAAUACUACGCGCAUGCGCACUUAAGCAUUCACGUCAACAUGUCCGCCAUAUUGAUGAGGGAAAGACCGCGCUGUAAACAAAUACAAGUAAACGGAGGAGCUGUGGUUUUUCUGGAUAAUAAUUUACAUGAUUUACCGGAGAUGAUAACGGCAUCGUUUUCAAAAACUUGUCCUUUGAAACCCGUUUUCCAAAGUUUUCAGACCCCGAAACGCCGUCGUCAUGGAAACGAACAGCCAAACCGCAUCAAAAGUUUUCGGUUUUUAUUUGAAAACGUUGUGGUGUAAACGGCCCCUUAACAACUACAGCAAAAUGCUGCUUUUAUUGCUGAAGUCUUUCUGUAAACAAAUAGAAAUGAAAUAGAAUUUUUAUGAUUCACACUAUAUUACACUCCAUUCUUCUUCUCAAAGAUAACUCUAUUUUGAAAAUAAUCAAGAUUUCUUUUGUUAAAAAAUCUAUUUCAUGAUGCAGCUGAUUAUUAGAGCUGCAACUAACGAUUAUUUUCACAAUCGAUUAAUUGGUCGGUUAUUUUUUCGAUUAAUCUGAUGGGGGCGGGGCAAACUUUCAGUGCCUUUUUUUGUUUAUUUAAAAUAAAAUCCACAAACUGAGUGUUACAAAUAUAAAUUCAGACUAAAACUUUACACAGAUGUUUGUCCAAAACAGAAAAGAACCCAAUACACACACACACACACACACACACACACACACACAUAUUAUAUAUAUAUAUACAUAUACAUAUACACAUAUAUAUAAUUAAUUAAUUUAGGACUGUAGUUUAAUUCGGUGCUUUUUGUGCAUCCAUAAAAAAAAUAAUGCAUAAGUACUUAUAUAAUAUAAAUGUAAACUAACUAAAUAAGAUAAAUAUACAUAAACAUUUAUAAAUAGUUAGAUAGAUAGCAUUAUUUUUUAUGGAUGCAUAAAAAGCACCGAAUUAAACUCCAGUCCUAAAUGAAUAAUAAAAACUCACUUUCACUGCACCUUGUGGUUUCUGUAUCUUGGUGUCUUUAGACAUUAUUUUACUUUUGAUCAUAAUAUUUGAAUUAGACAUUACAGAUCUUACUCGCGCUACACUCUGUAUCAGCGCGUCUACACCGCGCGUGACCAGCAACGCGGCCUCGUUACUAACACUUUAUUUUCAGUGCUUUUUGAACUGUCUCUCAGCCCUAAAUAGUUCCGCGGGAUUUGUGUGGAAUUGGGAUGAACGUCUAGUUAAAGGGUUGAUGUCUCGCUGGCGCAGUGAUUUGUUCUUUAGGAGUGUUUUUCUCUUGAACAGCUCUCUGUGUGGAGACUUGAGGUAGUUCUGUAGUCACAGGUGCACAAAUCAGUCACACAGCUCCAGCUCCACCUGCGCCUCUCGCAGGGAAACGGUUUCUGUGCACUGGCUCCGUCCCAAAUCACCUUGUAUGGAAUCUCUAUCUCUAGUGCACUAGGUGCGGUAGAGACUCCAUUCGUUCAGACCGUGUGUAGUGUACCUAGAUACGCAGUCGUGCAGGAUUUGGGCACAGGCCACGCUAAUGAAACAUCAUCCAUUUCAAGUCAAGUUGCUAUUGUUAAACAUUUCACUAAAACCUGUAUGGAAACGUUGCUGUUCAGUUGUUCUAUAAGCGCAAUUUCAACCAAAUACAGUGGAGUGUAAAAGUUUGUACCCCCUUUUGGUUUCUUUUGGACGGAAGGGUGUUAAAUGUCAUAAACACUACACAAUUUGACUAAUCCCUUCUAUUGUGCGCUGGAAGAUCGCUGGACUUGAAGCAACUCCAAAUGGUGGCCUGUUUGUCCAAAGCCCGUGGUGGUGGAAGUGCAUGGCGUGUGUGUGGGAGCAGGUCUGUUGGGAGUGUUAAGUACCAUCUCAUACACUCAGCAAACAAUAUGGAUGGAACUUUCCAGAGUUGUGGUGUCACUUUUCGUGCAAAGCUUUAACCAUCAGAGAGUUAUCUUUUACUGGGGCUUUUAGCUGCAGGAGACUGAAUUACUAACAGUUUUUUUUUGUGGAUCUGAUUUCUUCUUUCGCAGGAGUGGAUCUAAUCACAGCCUGUGAUAUUCGUCUGUGCACACAGGAUGCCUGGUUUCAGGUGAAGUCGUGUGUUCCCUGAUGGUCAAUGAUUGCUGGAGCUCUGGAAAUAGCAGGUGAGAUUGCAGGCCGGAGUCCCGUCGCUGUCCAGGGAACCAAAAUCAACCUCCUCUACUCCUGAGACCACAGUGUGACUGAGAGCCUAGACUACAUGGCUACUUGGAACAUGAACAUGUUGCAGACACAGGAUCUUAUGAAGUCAGCGCAGGCAGCCCUGGAAAAGAAGAGUCCGAAAGACGUGCCCUUCUCCAAGCUUUAAAGGAGAAGAUCCAGGGCUGUUGAAGCUGCGGUGGAACUGAGACUUCAUCAUCCACAUAUCUUUAGUUCUUCUUGUUAAGUCUGAGUUUCUUUUUAGUCUUUUUAUUUUUAGACUGGUCAAAAGACUGAUUAGUGGAAGUGAAAUGAUGGAUGAACUUUUAAUUACUUGCUUUAUUAUUUGCAGGUGCUUUGUACAGUAAGACAGGGUAACUAAUACUCAAAAGCUUGUUUUGUGUGUUAACAUGUACAGUAGAUGUACAUAUUUUUUCUGGUCCUGUGUGAUUGCAGAAUGUAGUGCAGUUAACACAGUAAAUUUCCUUGGAUGCUCACUUUUAACUCGAGGAGGUCACAGUUUGCCCAGACAUCUUUUUUUAAAUCCGUCAAUCCGUCACCCACACGUCAUUCUGGGGGACGAAGAGGAGGAAGCUGGACAGAUACAUUUAUUUAUUUAUUUAUUUAUUUAUUUAUUUAUCAUUGCUGUGUUUCCUCAAUCCAGUGCAGAAAGAAGAAAAACACAACUGAUUUAAAAUAAAAAUAUAGAACAUAAUCUAAUGUAAGGUUCUGAUCCGGUUUGCUUUCAGCAGGAAGGCUGUCCUCUUUCCUGUUGCUCUUUCUCUUCUAUUAGUCCAUUUGUCCAGUCUGAAUCGGUUUGAUUCGUUUCAAGACGAUUUGGAGUCGAAUAAUUUUCUAGUGAGAGUCGCACACUUCCAAACGAACUAGACUGAGAUGAGUAUUUGAUUCUCACUAGAAAGUGAUUCGACUCUGAAUCAACUCAAAAUGAAUCAGUCAAACUGAUUCAGACUCUAUAAAAGGACUAUGAGAUGUGAUUAAGAUAUAUAUUCCAAUGUUUUGCUUUACAAUUCCACUGUGUGUGUGUGCGCGCACGUGUGUUUUUCAGGAGAACGAGAAACUCGGACACAAGAGUACAUCCUGACCAUUGGUACUGUGUACACAUCAACAUACACGCAUGUCUUCAUGUUGGACAUCUCAGGAGCUUUCACACACGGUGCUAGGAAUAUCCCGGGACAGAGAAACGCACCUCCUAAGUGAGCGAGUUUAGCGUCAACCGGUGAAAUUUUCUGUAGCGUGAACACUUCGCCUCUGUGAGCUUCACUCUCCGUCAGGUUCACUGUAAUUAGACAUAAAAUGUACAUAAUGUUUAUUUUUCAUACAUUUAGGAUUUAAUGUUUUUCUUUACUCUUUGAGGAACAGAAAUGAUCUUUUGAGGCAGUUUCAUCACUACCUGCUCCGUUUGAUUAAAACAUAACGACCAGUUUCAAAAAGUCACAAUGUCUUCAGUUCAUGUGAUUUUACUGUUGAAUUUAAACAGGAAAUGUGAAAUAUUUUUUCCUUUGUUUCCUCUACUGUCUUUUUGCUGUGAUCUUGAACACAGUUGUAAUUUUAUUAUUAUUUUUUAAAUAAAUAAAUGAUCAUUCUAUUCUUUCUCACUUUCCUUGUCCUAAUUGUCCUGUAUCUGUUAAAUCCGUUUCAUCUGUGGUCUUUCUGUCUGUAUGAACACUUGUAGAAAUGACAUAUAGUCUAUAUUUUUAUUCAUGAUUUUGAAUUUAAAUAAAGAUAUUCUUUAAUUCUG